AUGGCUUGGCUUGGCCUUCAGUUUGAGGCUUUGGCAAUUGAUAAGUAUCUCACGAGAGUUUCUCGCAUUGAAGCAAGGAGUGAGCAGUUUGAUAUGUACAUGCAGCUAGAUGUGAAUACAGAGAUAUAUCGUAUGCAUGUUGGGGAGAAGUUCAUGAUGGUAUUAGCUUCCACUCUAAAUUUGGAUGGAACACCCGACUCUGGUUAUUAUACUCAGGGUGGCCGUACAUCACUUGCUGAUAAAUUUGAAUACGUCAUGCACGGAAAGUUAUAUAAGAUAUCAGAAGAAGGUGAAGGACCCAGGGUUAAAGCGGACAUAUAUGUUUCAUAUGGUGGGCUUUUGAUGAUGCUAAGGGGGGAGCCUUCCAUUGCAGCCAAGUUUGAUCUUGACCAGAAGUUGUUUCUCCUUAUGAGGAAGGUGGCGACGAGUUGA